AUGUCAGGUUUCGGUUUGCCGGCAUUAGAGAGCCCUGCUAUCAGUCCCAGCAUGUCCUUUGCGAAUACGCUUACCCUACAAAGCCAGGUCACAUUGAAUACAGGUUAUCAAAUGCCAUUGUUGGGAUUUGGGACGGUGGGACUAGGGAACGCCGAAGAGGCCUGUAGUGAAGCGAUCAAGAUUGGCUACCGCCAUCUUGACUCAGCAAUUUUUUAUCGAAACGAAUAUGCCGUGGCCCAAGCUGCAGAGAAAUGUGAAAGUGGAUGGGAUUCCAUAUUCCUGACUACUAAGAUACCAUCGUCUGAAAAUGGUGAAAAGUCAUUAGAACGUUCGCUCAGUCAUACUUCUGGGAAACCUUGGGAUUUAGUUCUACUGCACGAACCGCUGGGUGGACGCCGGGCGCGACACGAGGCUUAUAAGGUGCUAGCUGAGGCUCAGAAGAAUGGAAAGGUAAAAUCAAUUGGCGUUUCUAAUUUUAGCGAGCGUCAUCUGAAAGAAUUGGAAGAAGCAAAUGUGGGACCAAUCCCAGCGGUUAAUCAAGGACAGCGCAUGUCAGAUGAAACAGUGUCAAAGAUUGCCACCAAAGUGAACAAGACCGUAGCUCAAGUUCUGUUGCGCUGGUCACUUCAGAAGGGCUUUGUGCCAUUACCAAAGUCAACUAAGCCCAAUCAUAUGAAAGAUAAUGCCAACAUAUUUGACUUUGAAUUGAGUGAUCAUGACAUGAAAGAGUUGGACAAUCUUGAAAUGGGUAAAGAAGGUUCUGUUGCUUGGACUGCUCAGUGCCUAGAGGCAGAAUAG